CCAUACUAAAUAAAUAAAUAGACAGCCUUACCUACAAGAAAAUGGAGAAAGACAUGGUUCUCCACACCAAGAGACAAAAACAAAAAUUUGACAAAUGCCGUAAGCAACAGCCAAAGCCAGAACUGGAUAAAUCACGGACCAUCAUCAACCUGACAGACAGACAACUCACUGAAGACCAAGUAUCCAUUCUAGAAAAAGGAGGAAAUUUUGCAGUCACCACCACCAGGAUCCCAGUAGAAAACAUCAUUGCCAAUGUUGAAUCAGCAAUUUACCAGCUCCCUGAGGAAGAAGCAGAGGAGGUAAGAAUUGAAACAGCAAGGAUCCUGAGAAAUGCAAAACUCCCCCCCAGCAACAUAACGAGAAAAGAAAGACAGGCCAUCAAAGAUCUCAACUCAGAUCCUGAAAUCAUCAUUCUUCCAGCUGACAAGGGGAAUGCCACAGUAAUCAUGGAAACAAAACAAUACAAAGAAAAAAUCAGACAACUUCUAGAUCCCACAAUUUACAAGAAACUGAAACAAGACCCCACUAACAAAAUCACCAGAAAAACGAACACUCUAAUCAAGAACUCCUCCAUUAACUUUGACAUACGCCAACAGCUGUGCAAAUCAGAAGCCCUCCCACCCAGGCUUUACGGACUCCCCAAAAUCCACAAGGACUCCAUCCCACUCAGACCCAUUGUAAGUGCCAUUGGAUCGCCGACUUACAACCUGGCAAAAUUUCUGGCUACACAGCUACAAACCCACAUUGGGCUCACUGCACAUUAUAUCAAGGACUCUACACACUUUAUAGAAAAGAUCAGCAACCUCAAUCUAAGCACCAAGGACAUCCUGAUCAGCUUUGAUGUGGUGUCCCUUUUUACCAAAGUCCCAGUAGCUGACACCCUCACACUAAUCAAACAAAACUUCCCAGAAGACAUCACAGCCCUGUUUCACCAUUGCCUCACCACUAGCUACUUUCAGUGGGACACUGGAUUCUAUGAACAGAAGGAUGGAGUGGCCAUGGGGAGCCCUCUCAGCCCAGUAGUAGCAAAUUUCUAUAUGGAAUACUUUGAAAAACAGGCCCUAGAAACAGCACCAAAAAAGCCAACUGUUUGGUUCAGAUACGUAGAUGACACCUUCACAAUUUGGAGCCAUGGAGAGGAAGAACUCAGCAAGUUCCUGGACCAUCUUAACAGCAUCCACCCAAACAUCCAAUUCACCAUGGAAAAAGAAAAGGAAGGAAAACUGCCAUUUCUAGAUGUUCUGGUCAUCCGCAAACCCAAUCAACAAUUGGGCCACACAGUUUACAGAAAACCUACACACACAGAUAGAUACCUUCAUAAAAACUCCAAUCAUCACCCAAGUCAAAAAAGGAGCACAAUCAAAGCCCUGACAGACCGUGCACAAAGAAUCUGCGAACCUCACCUCCUCCAAGGUGAACUCAACCACCUAAACUGGGCUCUACAGGCCAAUGGAUACUCCACCACAGACAUCAGAAGAGCUGCAAGGCCAAGAACAAGCCAUGAGAGUCAAGACAAAGAUCCACCCAGAGGAAAGGUGUCCUUACCAUACAUCAAGGGAACUACUGACCGCAUAGGGAAGCUGAUGAAGAAGCACAACCUACAAACUAUCUACAAACCCACGAAGAAAAUCCAACAAAUGCUACGGUCAGCGAAGGACAAGAGGGAUCCUCUCUCUUCUGCAGGAGUCUACCGGAUACCAUGCAGCUGUGGACAAGUCUACAUAGGGACCACCAAACGCAGCGCCCAAACAAGAGUCAAAGAACAUGAAAGGCACUGCAGACUAAUUCAACCAGAGAAAUCAGCCAUAGCAGAGCAUUUGAUGAACCAGCCUGGACACAGAAUACUAUUUGAGAACACAAAAAUGCUGGACCAUUCUAACAACUAUCAUGUCAGACUACACAGAGAAGCCAUUGAAAUCCACAAGCAUGUGGACAACUUCAACAGAAAGGAAGAAACCAUGAAAAUGAACAAAAUCUGGCUACCAGUAUUACAAAACUCAAGAAUCAGAACAGUAAAUAAAAAGCAAUACUCUGAAAACAGAGGACUUCCAGACAUGAAUCAACCUAGGGCAGUUAACGACUCUAAACAAAGGAUGCCCCAGAGGCAGGAAGAAGACAGCAGAUAAGCUUUUCAAUGCUAAUUAAAGUGAUUAACUACACACAUUCACACUGACCUCUCUCACCCUAGACUUUCCACAGAUAUAUAUUUACCUCUUUGCUUAGUUUUCUCCAUACCUCACAACCUCUGAGGAUGCCUGCCAUAGAUGUGGGCGAAACGUCAGGAGAGAAUGCUUCUGGAACAUGGCCACACAGCCCGAAAGACAUACAACAACCCUCCAAACACCAUACUGCUCACCACCCAAGUGAAGGAUUUCAUACGAGGACAAUUUCGUCCUAGAUUUUCUGGUUUUCCUCCACCACAGGCAUCCCAGUGUUCCUUUCUCUCUCCAUUGGUGUGGAAUUUGCAUGACCCUGCCCACUGCUUCUCCCAUAACCCUUUGUUAUUCUUUUCUAUGGCACACAGCAAACAGAGGAAUUGAUCAGCAACUGAACAUACUGGAGGGGUUUGUGGGGAAUUCACUAUGAUUUAUAGGAGUUGUAGGUACUGGGAUAUAUAGUUCACUUGCAAUCCAAGAGUGCUCCAAUGAUAGACCUGGACCAAACUUGGCACAACCAACAAAAAUAGUGGAGGUCUUUGGAGGGAUAUAUAGGAGUUGUAGUUCACCUACAUCUAGAGCACACUAUGAACCCAAACAAUGAUGGAUCUGGACCAAAUUUGGCAUGUAUGCCCAAAUUGGACUACUGGUGGGUUAUGAGGGAAAUUGGCCUGGACAUUUUGGAGUUGUAGGUACUGGGAUUUAUAGUUCACCUGAAAUGUAAGAGCACUGUGAACUCCACUAAAGAUGGAAUUGGACCAAACUUGGCACAGAAAGCUCUAAUGACCAGGAAAAAAUACUGGAGGUCUCUGGGGGAAAUUCACCUUGAUUUGGGGGGGGGGGGGGGGGUUGCGGAGUUGUAGUUCAUCUACAUCCAGAGAGCACUGUGAACCCAAACACCGGUGGAUCUGGACCAAACUUGACACACAUACCUGAUAUACUAAAAUUUGAUUACUGGAGGAGUUUGGUGUGGAACUAACCUUCCUUUCUGGGAGUUGUAGUUCACCCACAACCAGGGAAACUGUGACCUCCAGCAAUGGUGGACCUGGAAGGGUUUGAGGGGACUGACUCACCAUAGUAGGAGUUGUAGUUUAUCCUGCAGCCAAAGAGUACACUGAACCCCAUGAUGCAUCUAGUGCAAACUUGCCCAACAUAGCAAACUUUAAAUACUGAUGGAGUUUCUCAGGGUUAACCUGGCUUGAUUCCAGUUGUAGUUAAUCCACAACCUUGUGCAUUUUGUACAAGUAAAAAAAUGACUUUUUUCAAAUAACUUGGACAAUCCCAGGUACCUAAGCUAGUAAAUAAAAUGGUUCAAUUUUUUUUAAAAAAAUCCAAGUCCAUUCUGCUUUUGUUGAGAGAUCAAUAUUCUUCCAUUUUAGGGCAUACUGCAUAUAAUACAGCACUUGAUUAAUAUUUUUGCCAUGCAAAGAAUCCAGUAGUGCUUUGAAUGCAUAUAUUUGGUGAGUUUUGGUCAGCCAGUAUCAUUACUUUUAAAAAUGAAUUCUCCAACCAGCAUAACUAGUGACCAUACUGGCUGGGAGAGUCGACGAACUGUAGUCCAUAAAGUUAACGGUUAAUGUUAGGAGUAGAGGCAUGUCAACUCUCUGCCUAUGUUUCUAAAGCAUUGUUUUGUGGUUGGCUUUGGCAGCUGGCCAUCGGGAUUCAAACUUAAAACAGCAUGAAAGCCUUCUCACCCUGGAUUACCUGACUACAAUUGUAUCAAUAAGAUCAGUAAGAUUAGUAAAUAAAUUACCGCAUGGUUUGCAAAGCUAUUUUGCAACCCUAUUGAGAAAUUCAGAUUAAGUUACCUUUCGUGUUGCUUUCUGCAGUCAACAGGGACAAACAGACCAUUUUAAAGUAAAGUGCUCUGAAGAAACACAUUUCUGAACAGAAGUUGGGAAAAUUACUCUUUUGGGCUACAGUUACCAUAAUCUUUACAACCAGGGGAUUUUGAAUGUUUUCAUCCAAAAUUAAUAUCGAUGUGCUCUUUUUUAAAUACCUUAUCAACAAGGCUGUCUUUUCAAUACAGAUCUUCAUUUUAGGUAAAAACAACUUGUUCAAUCUGUGUGUAUGUUUGUGGACAAGCUUAUCUGGAGAGGGCAAGAGAAGCAGCAUACAGCAUUACUGGCAUGAAGAAUUGCUUCGGGUUAAACACCAUAGCUGCUGUUAGCCCAGUAGAUCAAUAGGUACUGCUCCACGGGAAGGUAACAACACUCCAUGCAGCCAUGCCGGAGGUAUCUACUGACAACGCCAGCUCUUUGGUUUAGAAAUGGAGAUGAGCACCAACCCCCAGAGUCUGACACAACUAGACUUAAUGUCAGGGGAAAACUUUUACCUUUACCUAAAUUUUAAAUACUUAUAAGCAGAACCUCCCUGAAAAUCUCUCUAAUCUGUGAAUUACACCCAAACUCUUACCUUUUCUGCCAGACAAACCUGUUUCACAGCUUCCUCCCAUCUUGCAAAAACAGUGUGGGCUGCCCUGUCAAACAGGGAAGGUGACCUGAUUCAUUGAUCGUUCAAGAGUUAGCCUUAAUUGUUCUUGGUCAAUUGGUGCAUUCAAAGACAGGCAUUGUAUGAAGAGAUUGAAUGGCUCACGGUAUAGUAAGUACAUAAGUAAGUAGGUAGACAGAUAUUGGUCUUUUGUUCACAAGUGCCAAAGAAUUUUCUCCAUUCUCCCCAGUUCCCAAAAUGAGAAUUACCGGUAAUCACUUUCUAUUCAUUUGAGAACAUCUACAGUUCUUGAGAUCAGGGCCAGCCAUUCCAUGAGAGAGAAGUGACUCAAAUGCCUCAAGUGACAGAUCCUGGGGUGUAACAAUGGCAGUUCUUCUUAGUCCUCUAUCCAUUCCCUUCUGUUGGAAAACAGAGGUCUGUGUGUCUCGGGCCCCAUCUAUGUUCUUAUAUAAUGCAGUUUGAAACUGCAUUAUAUGGUCAGUGUAUAGAUUCAUAUAAUGCAUUUUGAAUAUGCAUUAUAUGGCAGUGUAGAUGAAGCCUGAGAGCCUGUUCUGUACCCCCUAAAGCAGAGUUUGGAGAGAGUGCUUCUUUGGAUUGCUACUAUAACUCCUAGACUCCUCCAGCUUUUCCCUGUAGUCCAUGUCAGCUAAUCGAAUUAUAGGCCAGAAUCUUGUUAGUGAUAUACACAGGAAUAAAUUGCACCAUGCAUGUGGAAUUACUUCUUUUGAACAGUGCAUAAUGGAUGCAUCCAGCUGGUGGUGGCAGCAGCACAGUAUGGCAGAUGUACAGUAAUUCAAUUGCCCAUAAUUGGCUUGAGACUAGUGUAAAUAUCCACAUGCAGAUAUGUGCUUUGCCAGCACUACACAACCCUCAUUUAGAGUUACUAUUACACAAUGCAUGUCAGUGAUUGGAUGCUACUGUACAAUGUACCGCCAUAAUAUGUAGUGUUGCUGUAUGCACAACUCAGCAGAAUAGUGUGUUGCGUUGUGUUGAAUAAUUUGACCACUGUGUGUAGUGCGAUGUAUACAUGCACAAGUCAGUAAUAGAAUGACAGUCCUAGAGUGGCAUGUCAGUGUGUACUGCCUUGGUAUCAUGUGCAUUGUGCAUUGCACUGAAGUGAAAGCUAUACGCUUCACUGAUUUUUAAUGUAUUCCUCCCAUCCUCAUACAUUAUGCUGUCCAAAUAGUAUAUAUUAGUAUAUGAACCAUGUUGUCUAGGGAUCUGCAAACUAAGGCCUAAGGGCUGGAUGUGGUCCUCCAAGGUAAUUUACCAGGGCUACACCCUAAACUUUUGAUGUAGGGUCACCCUAAUUUGAAAGAACACAAAAGCAACAAUCCUAAUUAACUUGACUGUCUCAUCAGCCAAAACCAGGCCCACACGUCCUAUUGAAAUACUGCAUUUGUAACCUGAUGUGAUGCCUCAUGGGCCUUGUAGUCCUGUUCCUGGUACUAUCGUGGCAGAUGAAGAGGAAAACAUGGGGUUUUCGCCGGUUCAACAAGAGCCGGAGUCCCUUCACCUGCCGGAUGUUGAUGUUUGCCCUCAAGAAUUCAGUAAACCAGGCCUUGGGCAGUACUCCCCUCUGUUUCCCAGGAAGGAAUCUUAUUCUAGAGACAGAGGAGUUAGAGAAGCUAAUCGGAGAAGCUUAAGAAUCGCUGCCAAACAACUGGAUGAUUAGGUCUGCUUCCCUUGGGAAAUUCUAAGGAGUAAUGCAUCUGGACAGAGUGGGUUUCGCUUCUCGUUCUCUAGGGAAAGAGAUUGUUGGCGGGAAAACGAGACCCAAUAUAGGGGUUUGGCGCGAGAGAUUCUUUGCGGAGUCAAUUGAUCAGCUUCAGGAGAGAGAUCGUGUGUGGACUUCGUAACCCCAGUUCCUUGCUUUCCGGAUCAAGUUUUCGAGCCUUGCCUUGCCUUGCAGUUUAACCACGGACCCUGUUCCACGCUUCACGUUUUGCCUUGUUUCUAGUCACGGACCUAGUCAAGAAUCAAGUUAUUUCCAGCCUUGUUGUCAAGCUUCAUUGGACUUCUAAGACUCUGACAUUUCCCCACACUAUUGUUUGGCAAGAGUGUGUGUUUCGGUCAAGUGGAUUAAAACUUUGAACUCUAAUAUCAUUUAUUGGACAAUACAUUUUUGGACUAUAUUUGACCUCUUUUGAAAGGUCUGUUUCUGAACUAUAUUCUUCACUUGUUUUAUUGCUUUUAUAUAUUUCUGUCCUGCUCACUUCAAAGGAUCAGUCUGAACGCAGAUCAGAGAUAGCUGCUCUCAAAUCCAAUCUUUAUUGAAGAACACAUGACUUUGGAAAAGUCAAGAAUGACCUAAUGUUUACAUACAAUCAUUUUUAUCACCUCUGAUGCUACGUAACACCACACGUAAAUAUCAUCAUCAAUCCCCACCCCCAAUAUCACAUUACUACCGUUUUCACACACUAGACCAAUUAUAAUUGUUUAUAUUUUCAACCCCAAGUUCCCAGGCAUAUUCUAUCUUCUUCUGCCAGGUGCUUCUAGGAUUGUUUAUGUUAUGACUCCCAGUUCAGGGCUUGGUAAUUCAGCCCUGUAACUGGGUUCCAUGACAUGAUGCCCUCCUUUUCUUCGUCCUCCUCUUCGGUACUUCUUUCAUCACAAAUCUGAAACAAACCAAACAAUAAUUCUAUGUGUCCAUUUUGUCCAAAGUACCCCUAUACUUUUUCAGUAAGCUACGAUGGAACACAGGGUGAAUUUUCCCUAAACUUUUUGGCAAUGCCAACUGGAAAGUCACCUCGUUGAUAACACCCUGUAUUCUGAAUGGUUCAAUAUAUUUAGGGCCCAAUUUUUUCGAAGGUAGCCCCAAUUUGAUGUUUUGGGUACUUAACCAUACUAGAUCUCCUUUCUCCAAUUUAUCGCCUUCCACCCUUUUUCUGUCUGCGAAUGUUUUAUACUUUUUGUGUGCUUCCUUUAAGGAUGCAGUCACUUGACCCCAGCAUUCUAGCAUUUGAUUUUUCCAUUUCCCUGCCCCUGUUUCCUCAUUCUCUGUCCAUUUUGGCAACUGGGGCAGAGGUUGUACUUCAUACCCGUAAACUAUUUCAAAGGGAGUUUUAUUUGUUGCUGAAUGUAUAGUCGAAUUAAAAGCUAGUUCUGCAAAAGCCAA